AUGUCGAGUGGCUGGGUUGUGGGCCGGGCUGCCCAAAACAGGACUCAGGUCUCCCAGUACCUUGGUAUUCCGUUCGCAGUCCCCCCUGUUGGCAGCUUGCGAUGGACAGCUCCCACAGGGUAUACCGGGAACGGCGUUAUCACAGCAACGAAAUUUCAAAGUGACUGCCCUGCCAACCUCGGAGCGAUAGCAGCACUCGCCAACUCUCCGGAACUAGUUGGACCAAAUGCCGUUCGUAUUGCAGCUGCUCUUGGCCAGGUUGGCGAUACGCAGAGUGAGGAUUGCCUGACCCUCAACAUCUGGACGAAGCCCCAGACGGGAGAAAAGGCCAAGGCGGUGCUUUUUUGGAUUUAUGGAGGAGCAUUCUCCACUGGCAACACGGCAAAUCCCAUAUACGACGGAGAGUUCUUGGCCGAGGACGAAGAUGUUGUCGUUGUCAGUGCGAAUUAUCGCAUUAACAUUUUUGGAUUCCCCGGUCUUCCAGGCCUUGAUCAGAACCUUGGCUUGUUAGACCAGCGUCUGGCAAUUGAGUGGGUUCAGAAGAACAUCGCUGCAUUUGGUGGUGACCCUAAACGGAUUACGAUUUUCGGGCAAUCAGCCGGUGGCGCCUCUGUGGAUUACUACUCGUAUGCGUGGGUCAGUAACCCAAUCGUUGCUGGCUUCAUCGAGGAGUCCGGCACUGCUACCAGCUUCUUGAGCUAUUCGGGCUCUUCCACCAACAACACCGCGCAAUGGUACAACGCCACAGCAAAGCUAGGAUGUGGUGGACCGGAGGCAGGCAUCAACAAAACAGUUGCCUGCGCAAGAAAGAAAAGCUUCCAGGAUGUCUUAAAUGCAAGCAGCACCGGCAUGUUUGCCGCAACGAUCGAUGAAAAGGUCAUCUUCAGCGAUUAUCCCGGCAGGGCAUCAGCUGGGCUGUUUACUAAGGAGCCGUAUUUGAUCAGAAACGCCGACUACGAAGCAGGUGUAUUCAAAAUUGGCCUCGACCUUCCCGAUGCCGUAUGGGACAUAGCCGAUCUGUCCAGUUUCACUUGUCCUGCCGCCAGCGCUGCCAAGGCUCGUGCUGCAAACGGUGUCCCGGUUUGGAGAUAUCGUUGGUUUGGCGAAUUCCCCAAUACCCGUCUCACGCUCAACCCAAGCAGCGGCGCAUGGCAUGGAAGCGAGCUGCCGAUCGUCUUUGGCACAGCUGAGUCAGUAACUCUAACUCCGAAUACGCCUGCUGAAGUCGCUAUCAUAAAAUACGUUCAAGGCGCUUGGGCGGCUUUCGCAAAAAACCCCUCUGGAGGUCUUUCUGCUGCUCCAUAUGAAUGGCCAACAUACCAGCCUCUAGGAGACACCCUUGUUCGCCUAGGAUAUAACAAUGAGUCAACGGCCUCGUAUGCUUUUCCUCUCCAAUAUGACGCCGGCUGUAUCCUAGUGGAGCAGUAA